GUCUAGGUCAUAUGAUUGGACAAGAUGGCGGCCCCCAUAGGACGAAUGCGUGUGACAGGGAGGGGCCAUGUUGUGGGGCCUGUACGGGCGGCACGGCCAUACCUGAAGAAGGAGCAGGGGCAGUAGGGAUAGAGCACCCAGCAUAAGACCCUUAAAAUGUCAGGGAGCGAGCUUGAACUAAAUUCACCACCGGAAAAUGCAAGGCUUCGAUAUAUGAAAAGAACGGAGGCUCUGCUAGAUAUGUUUCUUCGACUUCCAGAAGCAGACCACAAGUCACAGGACCCAGCCCUGGAUGGAGUGGUUGGAGGAGGCAGCGUGGUCCAGAGGCAAUGGAAACUCUUUUCAAAUGGAUCAUACUUCCUGGGAAUAAAUGGAGGCUUGUGUGGUUUAAUAGCAAACAAUCUUUUCAGACGCAUCCUAAAUGUGACGCAGGCUGGGAUUGCUUCUAGUUUGCCAAUGGCUGUUCUUCCAUUCCUCACAACAGCAGCAAUUUACCAAGCUGCGAUAACUGAACCUUUAAUUUCAGGUGAUCUAACGUGUGCACCCUGUGCCAUAGUCAGAGGAGGAUUAGUUGGGUCUGUUAUGGGUGGUCUAUAUCCCAUUUUCUUGGCCAUUCCUGUAAAUGCAGGACUUGCAGCCAGGUACAGCUCAGCUCCAUUGCCUGGGAAAGAGAAUAUGUUACGCUUUUGGAUUGAAGUCUCUCAACCAGUCUUUAAGAAGAUGAGUUUUGCUAUCCUGCUGCAGGCUGCAUUUGGAAUUUAUCUCAGCUCAAGACAGUAUGGAAUAUUUAUGAAAAUGCUCCAGUUGCCUGAAGCAAGCAGCAGUCCUGAAGAAGUCAAAGAUUAAAACAAACAUACACAACUCCCUCUAAUGCUUGGGUGGAUUACCACAAUAAACCAUGAAACUAAAUAAGGCAAGAAAGUUACUGCUUUGUGGGGUUUUUUAAAUAAGUAAAUCAAGACUUCUCAAUGUCUUUCACUAUUAAAUUGUGAACUGAAACAGA